AUGGACCAGUCUCAGAUUCGGCCUCUCAAAACUCUGAAUCUGAAGAGCCGCCCGCUCACCAACCGUGCUCUCGCCUGGUCAUGCGAUGGCGAGCUCGCCGUCGCAACGGAUGAGAUCAUCUACAUUUUCCUCCCAGAGUACCCGAGGGCGGCAAAGGACGGCGAGCCGGCGGAGCAGGCGGACGUGCCCCAGCACCAGUUCUCAAUCGCCCUCCAGGCAGCGGGCAGCUUUCGCCCGGACGCGCCCAUCAACAGCAGGCUGUGCUCCCUCCACGGCAUUCGCCUCCCGCCCCCAGAGGUGGACAAGGAGCUGAGCGUCUCCCACAUCCCCGGCCGGGAAGUCACGGGCUCGGGGGCGUCGGUGAACCAGGUCGUGCGGGUCGAGUGGUCCCCCAACGGUCUGGGCAGCAACCUGCGCCCUGUGUUGACGGCUUUGAUGACGAGUGGUCAUGUGUUCACGAUAGGAGAGGAGAUUGACGGCGCGGCGGCGGCGGGAUCUGGACGGGGCAGCCGCAAUACCAAGCUGUUCAAGAUAUUAUGGGGUCUUGGAGCCGAGUUACCAUUGCCUGCAGAAGAUCAGGACGGGUCGUACAGGACAAUGGAGGAGCGGAUCACGUCCUUCUCUUGGGCCAAGGAGAUCUCGCAGGGAAGGGCGCUCCUUGCUUACACCACCGAUGAGGAUGAUGUGGUCAUUAUGAGCGUUCAGCGAACCCACUCGGGAGAAAUAUCGUCUUCCUCGUCCGACACGCACCCGGUUUGGCAGAUCCGUGAAGAGGCCAGGUUUGAUUCCCGUGGGCCUCACCAACCUGUUGACUUGAUGGAUCCGGAUUAUGUUCCACACGGCACGGCAUUCUCACUCAAUUGGAGUCCUUGGAUUGAAGAAGGAGAUUCCCAGGUCUCCACACUGUCAUACAUAUCACAUAAUUACGUAGGGUUUCGACGGGUGGCCGUCAACCGCUCGUGGACUCCUGGAACCAACCCAGAAGUAAAGGUGGAGGAAUCAGACACAGCCAGUUUGUGUGUGUUCCUUUCAACAGACGCAUUUGUUGAGUGGGAGAGCAAGACCAUUAUCAAAAGUGGCCAAAAGGUUGCUCGAGGGGUGGUAUGCACCCCCUUUGAGGUAAAGCCCUUCCAGGUCAAUCUCGGUAGCUCUCCAAGCCCGCCUGUGAAGCUGCACCCAACGGCCGAAUGCGGCACGACAUAUCCCCAAAAGUCCAUAUCAAACCCCAUAUCUGACCUUGUCCUCCAUCACCCAGACGCCUCCAACCCAUCCCCAGUUCCAUUAUACACACUCGUCAGGUCCUCUGCCACCUCGGUCAACCAGGAUUGGUGUCAGACAAAUGUACCAGACAGUCUCGGCCAGCUCCCACCUUGGGUAGAAAGGAUCACCAAGCAGACGACCAGACUGAUACCUAGGGAGGCCGCCCCUGAAACCCUGCUGGACGAUUCCGACGAAGAUGAAGACGACAAUGUAGAUGAUCUAUACGAGGACUUCGAAUCCAAGCCAGAUCUCCACCCUUACAGAUACAGGUUCUGGGGGCUGGUGUCAUCCCCAGGCGACGGCUCAACGGCCGCCCUCGUAUCGCAGUACAGCAACUACUACCCUCACAGGCGAGGUUUCUGCAAGCUCCUGUUCGGGAGCAAACCCCCCAGGAAACCCGAAGAGCAGGCCGAAGAACAAGCGCCGCCGGGAGGGCUCACCACGGAAGGAAAGCUGUGGGAGUGGAUGUACGGUGGCGGCGCUCAGGUCCCGGGCGUCACGACAUCCAGCAGCGUCGAUCCCUCGCUCUAUCGCGCUUCCCCUCAGGAUGUCUUCUUCAAAGACCUGAGGGACAACCAGACAUGUGUCUUUUGCGAUUCAAAAUUACAAAUCGACGGCGGUGAGGCGCGGUGCAGUAACAAUCAUACAUUUGCUAAUUGUACGUCUUCCGGUCUUGCCAUAAUGGCUCCCGGCGUAUCGAGAGUGUGCGCAGUGUGUCAAAGACGCUGCUUGAGGGACUCGGAAUUGACCAAGCUUGCAGUGGAACAUCUCGAGCAAGACCCUCUCUCAGUUCCACCAUCCGGAGAUUUGUGUGGUGCCUGCGGUGGCAAAUUCGUUAGCUAG